AUGGCCUUCCUCACCACUACAUACAAAACACGCUAUGGAGCUUCGACUUCUUACCCAGCACAUACAUACAGUACCACCCACCUCUUCCCUCCCACCCACGAAAUCCACCAGCGACAUCUCUACUAUUGGAUACCGCCUUGUCUACCCUCCACACCCAUCCACUACGAAAGCGCAGAGCGCUCUUUCUUCUUCUUCUUCUUCUUCUUCAACAAACUAUCUUUCUUGUACCUGAAGUCUAAAUAG